CUGCGGUCUCCCAGGCCGGAAGCUGGAGCUUUCAAUACCAGGCUCGCUUCGCGCACGCUCAGGGGCGGGGCCUCCUGCUGACGUGAGCCACCAGCGGCUCCGGGGCGGGGGUGGGGGAGAGCGAACUCCGGUGCUGACGCUGUCCGGGCUCGGUGAAGCUGCGCGGUAGGCCCGGCCUGGCGGUUGCCAUGGGCAGCGCGGUGGUAGCGCUGCUGGUUUGCUAUUGCGCGCUCUCGGGAUCCCAGGUAUUAAGAGCAAUUGCUUUUUAUUCCCCUUGGAGGAUAGAACAACAGCUUUACAAGCUGGAUGUAGGCUGGCCUAAACGUCCAGAAUAUUUCACUGGGCAGACAUUUUGUGUUGCUGUUGACCCUCUCCAUGAUCUGGUCUAUGUUGCACAAAGAGGGACUAAUGUACCAAAGGUACUAGUGUUUUCAGAUGAAGGAAAUUUCCUGCAUGCGUGGAAUUCCACAGUUGAAAUGCCUCAUGGUAUCUUUGCAGUCAGCACCCCUACAGAUACUUCAGUAUGGAUCACAGAUGUUGGAAGCGGAGAGUAUGGGCACACAGUUAAACAGUACAGUCCUUCUGGGAAACUUAUUCAGAUCCUGGGUACUCAAGGUAAAGCUGGAUCAGGUUUAAAUCCGCUGCAGUUCGAUCAGCCAGCAGAAAUAUUUGUGGAACAAACAGGGGAGAUCUACAUUGUGGAUGGAGAUGGAGGGAUGAACAACAGAUUAUUCAAACUGUCCACAGAUUUCCAGGAGAUAUGGCUGCGUGGGGAAAAUGGUACAGGUGCUGGUCAGUUCAAGAUUCCUCACAGUGUCACAGUGGAUUCUGUUGGACGGGUAUGGGUUGCUGACCGAGGAAACAAACGAAUCCAGGUUUUUGAUAAAGUCACAGGGGAAUGGCUGGGGUCCUGGAGUAGUUGUUUCCUAGAAGAUGGUCCCUCUUCUGUCAGCACAAGCCAUUUCUUCUGGAUUACAAGACUGGUGCUGGAUUUCCUUACGUUCAUUGCAGACUGUGCUUCCACACAUAAACACAGCAUGUUGCAGCACUAGAAUGCAUAAAAUAACUGUUUUGUGACCUGCUCUCACUCUUAUUUUCUGGGUCAAACUCAGGGAGCUAUUUCUCUUAACCUGUCAUUAUUUGUCUUUACUGGCAUGUUUUGUUUCAUUUUUGUUAGUUGUUGGAAUUUGGAGAAUGCACUUGAUAUGCAUAUUAGUUCCAUUUAACCAUGUUUUACCCUGCUUUUAACUUCAAGGUAGUUUUUCCCCUUGUCUCUUGAUAAGACAUUAGGUUUGUAAUUAUUCUGCUAGUCUAGACAUAAAUUUCCACUGUUAAUCAAUUUACACUCUACCUCCAGUGCCUGGGCUGAAUCUUGUGACUUCUUUGCCUAGCCAGUGCACUCUGCUACCUCCUAACGUUCUAGCUGGCAGAGAGAAAUGUCUACAUAUUUAAUUUUCCAGAAGCCUUGUCCACUUGAGGCUCUGGACUGUAGCUUAACAUUGCUUCAGGUUUCCUUGAGUCUUUAUGCUAAGAUUGUCCAACUCAGAACAUAAAGAUGCAGCAUGUCAUAGUCUCCUGGGCUUCAGUGAGACCUUUGAUACUUACAGCCAGUGCUGAGGUAUUAGCAUCUCUGGCAUCUACCUUAGGUAAUCAUUGAUACCGCUGUUGACAUCAAAGGCAUCAGUUCUUUACUGAUUUAAGCUAACUCCAUAUAAAGCACUUUAAAUGAAAUUAAGAGUAUCUUCACAAUGAGGUGACACUGAUUUUUAACUUACUGAAUUUCUAAAUUGAUUUAGUUAAAUGGGUACAAGUUUUAUGUGUAAGCAAGGCCUCAGAGUAGAAUGUGGUGAAGUUUAGCACACCUGAGAAUCCUGAGGCACAUACUGGGGAUUUACUAGGAGACUUUUAAUCAGCCUUAGGUCUGGAGACCUAAAACAUGCUUUUGUCCUCUUAAUCAUGUUGAAACUCAGACACAUUGUCUACAGCAAUAUUUGGCCUUUGGAUUCUUGUUUUUAGAGACCAGUCUGAUCUUUUAUUCUGCCUCCAGAUUUUCAAGGACAUUCUUUCAAUACUAAGCUGCGACUUUCCAUUUCUUUUUGAGGGACUUCUGCCAAUACAUCAGCAGCUGAUUUCUCUUUAGCACAGAACUUGCAAACUUCUUUGUGACUGUUCGAGUCAUUGUCUUUCUAGUUCCUCCCCUGAAUCCAGUUUUGGUUUUAAGUUGCAUAAAUUAGCUUUAUUAUCUUCUCCAAAAAACAUACACCAGCAUCUUUCUGUCCAUCCCUUCCCUAGUCCACAGUAAUUCCAAAGCCUUUUCGGUGUUGCUGUACAGCCUUUCAGAGUAUCCUCUGUUCAGUGUAGAAGGGGUGAAAAAAGAGCACCAAUCUUUGAUAUAUUUCUAGUGGUCAAGAAUAACUCUCCUGGUGAAAGAUUGUAGACUCAUCCUCCUUGUUCAGUCAGGAGCUAUGAAUGCUUUGCAGAAUGAUCUGGGGGAUUUUUUCCUUUUCACAUAACUAUCCUGAUUCGUUGGCUAUUUUGGGUGCUAGUAGUAGGUCAAAAGAGGCUAAGCUGUUCCACCUCCCCAGGUAAGGAGUAUGGGAAGUAGAACCAUGGUUCUCCAUCAUGGAUGUCUGAGCAGUUGAAUGUGGUAUUGCUUAGUUCAGUACCAGGUUCACUAAAAUUUAGGUUUGUUCAGUUUAGCCUUGAAGACCUUUCUUGCCACGGUGUCCAGAUCCUUAUGUAACAUGUUACUGCAACAGUCUACGUAAAUCAUCAGGGAAGAGUCAGAUUUGGUUGCCAUGUCUGGACAUUAUUGCUGCUUUGGAACCAGGCAAUCCUGAACAAAGAAGACUUUGUAUAGAUGGUUGUGAUACUGAAAAAGACACUGUACUGGCAGAUAUCUUCAGACUGGCAGCUCAAGAAGCCUUCCAAGUGAUGCAGAUCAUGAAGUUCUGCGUGUGCCUUUGAGACUUGUCACUCAGACAUCAAUUUUUUAAAACUAUUUUUGGCUGACUUUUGCUGCCCCCCUCAUCCUUGGAAUCAGUGGGAGCUAGGUGCCUAAAUGCCUUUGAGGAUCUGGGCCAAAGUGUGUUUGUUCAGUUUAUAGGUACUUGUGGUAUGAACAGAUGUCACGUGGUGAUUAGUAGGAGGCUAUCAAACUCCUUUUCACUGCUAUACUUGUGACCUUGUUCAAGAGGUGACUGAUAAGUUCUUGAAAUUGAUUUAUUAAAAAUAAUUGAGCAAAAUUACAUUUAAUCUGGCAAAAAAUAAGUAAGGCUUUCACGAUGGGGGACCUUAUGGCUUAAUUUGAAAGUGCUCCUCAUUUCUGUAUCUUGGUGUGAUGACUUUGGCUGCAUGGGAUUUUUUGAUCUGGGGAAAAGUGAGGGAAAAAAAUCAGACUGGUAAACUUGAGCUGUUCAUCUAAAUUACAAUGUUGUGUAUAAAAAAAAUUUUUAAACACAUUUUGCCUGAUUUGCAGACAGCUUAGUAAAAUUACUUACUUGGAAGCUAAAAUUGUGCGUCCCUUUUCUCUUCCUACCUCACUCUUGUGACUCUCGCUCUGUAGGACGUCAAUACUAAAUUGAAAAUGGAUGCAUACAUCUUAAUUAUUACAGUUUAUCAUAUAUUUCCCUCAGAGUAAUUACUAAUAUGUGAUGGUUGAGUUACAUAGCCUUGAUAUGAAAACAACAAUAUAAUCAUUUCCAGCUACAUUGAGUCUUUUAUAGAAGAUUAGACUAAUUCUUAAACAAAAUCCAGAUAUUAAAUUAAGAUUGAAAUCAAUGAGGGAUUUAAAGAGCUCAAAUUGUUCAGCUUGUCAAAAAGAAGAUCAAGUGGUGACUUGAUUACAAUGUAUAAAGUACGUUCAUGGGGAGAAAAUACCAGGUACUAAAGGGCUCUAAUUGAGAAGAAAAGAGCAUUACAAGAACUAAUGGCUGGAAGUUAAAGCCAGACAAAUGCAAAUUAGAAAUAAGGCACACAUUUUUAAUAGGGGAUGAUCCAUUGAAACAAACUAUGGAUUCAAAUUGUGGAUUCUCUGUCUCUUGAUGUCUUCAAACCAAGAUUGGAUGAUUUCUGGAACACAAGUUGUUGGGUUCAAUACAGGAUUAACUGGGUGAAAUCCAAGACCUAUGUUUAUACAGAAAGUCAUAGUAGAUCUGAUGGUCUUUACUGGCCUUAAAAUCUAGUGACUGAAUUUGACUACAACAACCUUCUUUGAAACUCUGUCAAGGUGAGCAACACUGUGUUUGUUUCUGGUUGGGUGAGUAAUACAUCAGAAGGAUAUUUUUACUUGAUUAUUCUCAAUAUAAGUGUGAGCGAGCAGGUGAAUUUUAAUAACAGUUUUGUGAAGCUGGACUUCCCACAAUAUAAGGAGGAUGGAUGGGUGGAUGUUUGUUCUGAGUUAAUGUAACCUAUCUUACUUUUCUUGUAUGUACCAAUCUUUCAAAUAAACAGUUUCUGUAGUGCCAGA